ACUCGGAGAAACGUUCGCUCAAGUUACAGUGCUUAACAGUAGGAUAUAGUAGACGUAUAACUGCGCGGUGUGUGAAGACAGAGAGAGAGAACGCACCAGAAUUAUAAAGAGAGAUCAUCAUCGGGCUUUUAGGGUACAGAGAAAAAAAAAUAAAUUUGGAUGUUUUAACUUCUCUCUCUCUCGUUUCUACAAUUUAAAAAAAAAAAUUAAUUAAAAAAAGUAGUCCCGGGUACUUUGGAAUAAAGAACUAGAUUUCAGUUGGAAGACGCGUCGGGCGCUGACAUGGAGAGAAUGGGUUUAUUUCUGCGGAAGUCUGCGGUGACGGUGUGGAGUGUGGCUGUCAUUCUUGUUCUCUUACAAGUAAGUACAUCAGUGGUCGAAGACUUGGCAUCUAGGUCUCCAUCGCUUGUCAGAUAAGGUAUAGGCGUAUAGAAAACAUUUACCUCAGUAUUUUCAAAGUUGAUCACCGGAGUCGGGUGUAUACAGAAUCGUAGCUAAGUGGGACGGGGGGGGGGGAGAGAUGUCCAUGGGCGCCAGACUAGUUAGGGGCGCUAAAAUGUGGUUUGAUAUUAUUUUAUUGAUGAAAUUAUGGGUUUGAGAGUUUUAAAAAAGGAAGUGGGGCCCUUUAAGAUCAAUCUUGUCCCAGGGCACCAAACACUCUAGCUACGCCCUCUGGGUGUAUAGUCUUGUAAAUUGGUGGGUUAGAGUAAAGCGUGGCAGCUUGUUUUCAACAAUCACAUAAUUUGUUAGGACAAGACACGUUUAUACUAUGAAUAGCACUCCUUGGUUGUUUCGAUUUUUAUGAGUAAGCACUGAUAAGUCGUAACAAUGCUCGGUUUUAAAGGAUUACAUUUAAACAAUUAGAUUAAUCUAAAAGAUUGAUUUUAGGCACUUGGCUCAUCGAGAACACGUAAGAUAUGUUGUUGGUCAACUCUACUAAACUCUAUUUUUGUUCGUACAGGUGGACGUCAGCGGUAAAUCUGUGGAUAAAUACAUCAUGGAUAGCGCGCCUAAAGCGGAAAUGUUUGACUUUUUUCACUUGAUGCCCGAGGGUGAGCUCAUGGUCAUGACCGAGCUUGACCUACUCAUGACCUUGAACCAGUACAAGAAGCUGUACACGAAGAGCGCUCGCCCUAAAAGAAAGGCCGUCAGCGACGUGGCGAACCUGUGGCCGGCGUGCACUGUCUACUACGAGAUCACCAGCACGAUUCCACAAGAAGACGCUCACAUCAUCGAGGAGGCUAUUCGAGAGUGGACGAAGUACACGUGUUUAGAAUUCAUCAAAAGCGGAACGAAACAAAAACGGAUUCAGUUCAAAGAUGGCGGCGGCUGCUAUUCCCAACUCGGCAUGCAGGGCAAGCCGCAGCCGAUCGUCCUGGCCCCCGGAUGUCGCACGAAAGGCGUGGUGGUUCACGAGAUCGGCCACGCGAUUGGCUGGAUCCACGAGCACAUGCGCCCGGACCGGGACCAGUACAUCCGGGUGAAUUUCGAUGCCAUCCCGCUGCGCUUUCAGGGUAACUUCAACAAGUACAAGACCAGCGAGGUCAACACGCACGGCGUGCCGUACGAUUACCAGAGCAUCAUGCACUACGGGACGGAUGCCCUGCCCGACUCCAUCACAACCUUAGAUCCCGACUUCCAAAGUAAAAUCGGUCAGCGGGACGGUUUCACGUUUAAAGACAUCAAAACGGCCAACCUGAUGUACAACUGUUCGGCGAACAUGAAGUGCCCGGCGAUUCAGUGCCCUUUUGGCGGUUUUGUGUACGUUAACAAGAACGCCAGGUCCCCGACGUGCGAGUGCUGGUGCGAUUCCGAUAAAAUAGACGACCCACUUGUUCGAUGCUCGGAGAUAAGAAGACCGCGGCCCGAGCCGAUACCCAUCUCCCCACCCCAGCCCCCGACCACGCAGUGCGCCGAUGUGCGGGGAGACUGCCAGCGCCUGAAGACGUCGGGAAGAUGCAUGACCCAGAUGGACCUCAUGAUGGACGUGUGCGCCAAGACGUGUGAGUUCUGCGGCAAAGGCGAGGGCCUCUGUAUGGACCACGAGAAAGGCUGCAAGAUCCUGGCAGCGGCGGGGCAGUGCCAGGCGGAAGGGUUGAAAGACUUCAUGACGUCAAUGUGUCCAGCCUCGUGCGGCGUCUGCAAGGUCCCGUCGGAGCCGUGCGACAUUCAAAACGAGCUCUUGGGGCCAAGUCCAAGGACAGAAUCCGGGUCAACAAGUGCAUUUGUCGGAUGUCUUCAUAUUUUAAUACUAAAUGUUGUGAUCGCCUCAGACAUUUUCAUUUGAAAACUUUUACCCAACGAGUAUUCACGAAAAAUCAUUAAAAAAUCUGGAUCAUACUUUUAAACGAGACGAAAGAGGAGUCUCAUUAAUCAAUUGUGGAAAAAAACAUGUUUUAUUUAAGAAAACUUUUGUAUUUCUUUGUCCUGCAGGCAUAUAUCAUAUAAUCGUCUUUAUAUCAUAUAAUCGUCUUUGACUGUAUACAUUGUUUUCAUCUAUUUAUAUGAGUUUGUUAAAAAUAAAUAUAUUUGAACACAUUUUUUAAAAUAAUUUCUUCAGUAAAUAUUUACAUAUAGAAUUUCAUAACGAUCCUGUAGUUAUCAGUAGAUACAUUCCAUCCAGUUGUCGCUUGACACUAGGGCUAAUAACACAUUUAUCUUAAUGGAAAAAAAUAAUUUUAAAAUAUUUUUUCCCCAAUGUUGCCUACGUGUAACCCAUUUAAUUCAAACCAGUUUUACCGGACAAUUAAACUAAAACAUAGUUUACAGGAUACGCAAAUUAUACCAAUUGUUUACGUUCGGUAGAAGGGUGCCUAAUAUAGGGAUUAAACCCCAAAAAAUCAUUUGGUACAGACAAACAAAAUUCCUGU